AUGCAGAAGAUAUUUGAUGUUGCACCAGAUGCCAUAGAAUUCCUGGAGCAGCAUCACAACAGACUGUGGUACAGAUGUGGGUUUUCAGAGAAGAGUAAAUGUGACUACUUGACCAACAAUGUAUCUGAGAGCUUUAAUGCUCAGAUCAGGCACAUGAAAGGACUGCUGCUACACGAAUUGGUUGAUGGCCUGAGAGAGCUCAUCAUGGAGAAGAGGUUUUUGAGGAGGAAGAUUGCUAGGGAAAUGCGUGAUGGUAUACUCCCUAAUGUCAUGAAGGAGUUGAAUGCUAUCAGCAAUAAUCUCAAAGUGGUUAAGGCUGUGAUUGUGAACCUGUAA